UGGUGGAUGCACUAUUUUUCUUCUCCAAUCCUGCCCAGCGAAUGUCCGGUUUAUGACACGAUGUCUGGUAAAAGUAUAGAAAAAAUUGUACUGCGCAUGUGUCGAACUCGGUCAUCCGCGCGCAUCCGUGGUUUAGUAUACUUUGAAAGAUGCGCGAGACGCGUCCUGGCGCGGAAAGUGAAGUAUACCUGGCGUCUUACACUUCAGCAUUUGAACCAGAAUGUAUGACAUAGUAUAGAUACACAGCCCUAGGCUAGCAUACAGAAGCUGCCAGGAAUUUGUGAAGAGUUUAGGCUUAAUAUUGUUGAGUCUAAAUAUCUGAAUAAUCAACAGACUUUUAAAAAGGUCCAUGUUCUUGUUUAGUCUUUGAAAUAAAUUUCCAGUUUACAGUUAUUGGAAUAUUCCUGUAAUACUGCACAUGUAGUCAGGUAUCAGGAUAUUUCAAAUAAACAUCCUGAAACAUCCACGUUGUCUUCCUUGCUGGAGAUGUUUAUUUUUUUAUUUUUUUUUAUUUUGGUAAUUCUUCACAGUUAUUGAAUUAGCUCUAAUUGAAUUCAUUGAUUCUUAUUCAUGUCACUGAGGACAGCAUAAAAGGGUUAUGAAUUUCAAAUUGUGCUCAUGGUUUCACACAUACUGGUUUACGUUGUAUAUAAUGUGAACAUAAUAUGCAUGUAUUCAAAUCUGUAUUUCUUCCAAAGGCUUUUCAAAAACUUCUACAAUUCAUGCACUAACACAGUGGUUGAGUAAAAUUGAAUAAAAUUGUUUUAACAGCACUUACAUCUCACUUCAGAAUUAACAGAGCAAAAAAUUAUUUUAAUUACAUUUACGCAUUUUGUGUUUUUAUCCAAGGGGACUCUGAACUGGUACACAUUUCAUCAAACCAUGAACCUAUUGCACAAGCAUUUGCAUUUCUAUCAGCAUGAGAUAAUGUUUGAGUUGCAGGAACUUCUUGUGGUGUAAUCAAACACUUUUGUGUGAUGAUCUUAUGACCAGGAUGUUCUCAGUGUAAAUACGGAUCUUUCAUUUCUGCAGUUGGGUAAAUUUCAGUUGUGUGUUUAGUUUUGCUUUUAUUAUUCCAUGUGUUUUGCAGGAAUAUCAUGGGUGUUUUUACAUGAUCCCGAAUUCAUUUCUUUUUUUUCUAAAACACAAUGAUUGAAUUGAGGCACUGAGUUUGUUUGUAUUACCCAGAAACAACAUUGAUGUGCUUUUGGCGGGUUUAUGCAUGACGUGACAGUUCAGUAGCAUUUACCAUUGAAUAAAAUCGUUUUAAUGGUUUUAUUGCAAUAUCAUUAUUUAUGUUAUUGUAUUAAAACACUGUAUAAAAGGCACUUAACAGGUCAGUUAAACCAUGAUUCAGUACUGUAGCUGCUGUUGAGUAUUCUUGUAAUGAGGCUGUUUUAGAAGAUCGCACGUUGGAUCCAGAUGCAGUUUAAGAGUUUAUUUAAACAAAACAACAGAGGUAAUUCCAGGUAGAGAACACAAGAGUCCAGGCAAUGAACAGGUUAAUCUAUAACAGGGAACAAGAAUAACUAAAACAAAUGCACACGAUACAUCUGAGAAGAACAACACCAGACAAACAACAUGAGAAACACUGGGGUAUAGGCCUAUAUAGACAAGGGGUGAUUGGCAAACAAGAAACACCUGGCAGCAGUCAGAGAACUAAUCAACAAGAAAAACUAUAAAAGACUACAAAACAUGGCACUAGGACAGGAAAUACAACAAAAGUCCACAAGACAGGGGAACACAGACUGGGAUCAUGACAAUUCUCAUGUCAAUUUAAAAUAAAGGUGUGGAUAGUUUGUGCUCAAUGUAAGCAGGAUCCCUCCAUUUGUGUAGUUGAGUAAUUUUUGGUUGAGAGAAGAAAAAUACAUGUGUUGUACUUCAUUUUUUUUUAAUCUCUUUUGUAUUACUUCCUAUAUAUUGAUUAUGUAUAUUUAUAUUCAUUUUAUUUUACUGUUACUGUUUAAUCUCCUAUUCAGGUUACAAUUUUUUUUUUUCUUUCAGCAUAACAGAACAGUGGUGUGAAUCAGUCAUUUUUGAUUAUAUUUGUAAAAUAACCCUUAACUUGUUGAAAUUGUGCUAGUCAGACAAAGACCUAAACUAAGACUAUUCAUUUUGACUAUCACUUCAUCUUCUGCUUCCAGCUCUUCCCUCUGUCAUGUGUCUUGGGCAGAUAGAGCUGACAUUAAAUGUAUUUUUGCAUAUCAAAGCGACUCUUACAUUGUGAUAGAGAGGUUCAGCACAGCUGGGUGUAGUUUUUCUAGAAAUUGAGGCUGGGUCCAACAUUUGUGGUGUAACCUCAAAAUUACUGAGAUUCAAGUUUGGGUCAGGUCAGGUCAGGUUUUCUGAUUUAUUUACCAAAAUAAAUAAAUAAAACUAAAAAAAAAAAAAAAAAAAAAAAAAAAAAAAAAAUUAAUACUCAUAAAAAAAGAAUACUUUAAUCAUAACCAAGAAAAACGAAUCCAUAACCAAACCUGACACUUGCAAGCUAUGGAAAACACUUAUAAAACGUAAAUGUAGUGGAAUAUUUCUUCUUCAUGACGAAUUAAUACAUUUAGUCCAUUUAACACUAUGAAUAAAUUACUAGAUGAAGUACACAUCUGUGACAACAUACACACAUGAAAGAUGUUGUUCCUGUCAUUUUAUUUAGACUGUUCAGAUAUUAAAGUACAUUGAAGACUCAUUUGGUUGGGAGGGACUUCAGCCAGUUAGGCUUGUUAAAUAAACCGGUGUUCCCGUCAAAGCUUUUUAUUCAACCAGACACUCAACACAGAGGCUGGUGUGUACAAAAUAUAGUAAUAGAUUUUAAAAAUACAGUGAUUUACAAAUGUUUUGCUGAAAGCUGACUGCAGUGAUUACCAUGAAUUUCGGACAGCUGAGUGUUUCACCACGCAGAUCAACUUUGAUUCAUUGUGGCCCUCCAAAACGAUUUCGUCUAAACACAGUGAGAAAAGUACUUGAUGAUCAUGGAAAAGUCAGAAAAUGGACUUAUGGGAAUAAAGACACCAGUAAACAAAACAAAAUUGUUCUGUUGGUGGGAGAGACCGGUGCUGGCAAGACGACUCUCAUCAACACCAUGGUCAACUACUUACUGGGAGUGAAGUUUGAGGAUGAACUAUGGUAUGAAAUCACAGAAGAAGAAGAAGCAGGAGACCAAUCAGAAUCACAAACAUCUGAAAUCACCAUGUAUGAGCUCUUUCCUGAGAGUCCUCACCAUCUCACCAUCAUUGAUACUCCAGGUUACGGAGACACUAGAGGACUGGAAAAAGAUCUGGAAGUUGCUGAGAAUUUAUCCACUCUGUUUCAGAGCAAUGAUGGAGUUCGUGAGAUUGAUGCAGUGUGUUUUGUGAUUCAAGCAUCUAAGAAUCGUCUCUCAGACAGACAGCAUUAUAUCAUCAGUUCAAUUCUGUCUUUGUUUGGAAAAGACAUCGUGAACAACAUUGUAUUUUUAAUUACACACUCUGAUGGUCUGCCACCCAAAAACGUCAUCGGCGCCAUUAAUAAAGCCAGAAUCCCCUGCAGACGAGACUGCAGUAACCAACCUGUUCAUUUCUUAUUCAACAAUCGGCAGGCUGACGCCCACCACAGUGAGAAACGUUACCUUCGUAAUCAAAGAGAUGCUUGGGAAAACAGCAUGGAAGAGACAAAGAAAUUUCUUCAGUCACUGGAAGGAAAGAACAGAAGAAGUUUGGAGUUGACUUCCAAUGUCCUGAUAGAGCGCAUUCAAUUUGAAGCACUGAUCUGCAACUUACAGCUGCAAAUUCAAGAGAAAGAAUCAAAGAAGUCUGAAAAAAUUCAGAUCCAGGAGGCAGUGAGACAAAAUAAAGAAAAGAUUGACAGGCGUACAAACUUUAGCAUUAGAGUCAAAAAGACUGUCAAGGAGAAGGUUCCUAUUGAAAGCGCUUCAUGGAAGAGCAGGAAGGCGACGACCUGCACUGUCUGUGAGGAAAACUGCCAUGAGUUUGACUGCUGGUGGGUUUCUAAUCCCAGCAAAUGUGAAGUCAUGAAAAACGGAUACUGCACCGUGUGCACAGGGAAGUGUCAUCAAAGCAAACACGUCAAAGAAGACAAGAAAUACAUCAUCAGAACCUCAAGCAUUGUGAUGGAAUUUGAUGAAUUUAAAAAGAAAUAUGAAAAAGCUCAAGAACAAACAAAGAGGUUUUCAGUUAUAAUGGAUCAUCUUGACAAAGAUCUGAAAGAUAUUGAGGACAAAAAGUUAAUUCUUCUGUUCAAUGCUUACAAGACCAUCAAGCAUCUGUCUCAGAUUGCAUUAAAGCCAGACUCGGCCUUCACUCUUCAGCAUCUGGACUUCUUCAUCCCCAGAUUGAGGGAGGCUGGCAAAGUAAACUGGGUCCAAGAGCUGGAGGAAAUGAGGAGAACCGCUGAAGCUGAAGAAGCAAAUAAAGAUGCUCUGAGUUAUCUGAAAGCUGGUCUGGCAAAACUGAAACUGGAGCGUGUCUUUGGUGGGCAAUGAAAAAAUGCAGAGAGGACAAGAGAAUAACUUUAUGUAAAUCUUUAAAUAAUAAGAAACUUCAUUGAAUCAUUGUAUCAAGCUGUUUUAGUGUUUUUUUUAAGCAAGCCACUUCUAUCCAAUCUGUUUAUGAACUGUAAUAAUAACUAAUAUUUUGGGGUACUUGAUAGUAGUUUUAACAGAAAAUGUUGCAUUCAUGAACACUGCUGUUUACUCUUGUGUUAAUCCUUUUUUUUUUUAUUUCUUUUAAAUUCCUUUGUUGUUUCCCUCAGAUUUGUCUGUCUUGAUGUCAACAUCAAAAUUCUUAUUGAAUAAAAUAACUAAAAUACAUACAAAAAUAUGACAUUCAUAACAUCUGCAUUUUCUUGACCAAGCUAGAAGAUCUUCUUAUCUUAGUGAAAAAUAAUUAGUCAAAGGUUUGUUUUUGUGAAUUGUGGGGACAUUCCAUAGGCGUGGUUUUGGUUGGAAAAAAAAAAAAAAAAGUUUUUUUAUGCUGUACAAACUGUACUUUCUAUCACCCUACACUACCCUUACCCCUAAACCUAUCCAUCCCAGAAAACUGCACAUUUUUACUUUUUCAAAAAAACUCAUUCUGUAUGAUUUAUAAGCCUUUUGAA